CCGAGGGGUCCCCGAGGCCGGAGCCGUCCGGGGGAGGCGUUCGCUCUGCCGAGGGAAGCGGCGGGUCCCUUGGAGACACCUCUCUCCAUAGCAACCCAAUCGCUUCCUGGGAAGAUCCCGAAAUAACCGACACGACGGGAGCGGCGCGGAGCGGGCAGCGGCGGCGGGGAGGCAGCAGCACCGGGCAGCCAGGGCUCAGCCUCGCCGAACCUUCCUUCUCCUCCUCCUCCUCCUCUCCUUCUUUCGUCCUGACCAUGAGCGGCAGCGGCGGCAGCGGCCGUGCCCCCCCGGCCCCCAGCCCCGCCGCCCCGGCUGCGCCCCGCCCGGCUCCCCGCAAGUGAGCAGCAUGAGGCAGGACCUCGCCGCGUGACGAGGUGUUGCUGCAUCUGCGAUGGACCCUGGUACCUGCAGGAUGCCUCUCCUGAUCUCCUCCAUCCACUCUCUGCAGCUAUGGCACUUCCUCCUCCUGGUUUCAGCCAUUCCUCCGCCCGCCGUCUGGUCCCUCCGCCCUCGUGGCCCCAUGGCUGCCCGGCCUCUCUGUGCCCGUCGCAGCCCCUCAGCCCUCCGGCCCAUAUGCAUCUGGGACAGGACCUCACUGCCGGAGUGGGAUUCGCGCCUUGCCACGCCACGCCAGCGGGUCCUGAUCCCCCGAGGAGGGGACCUGCGUCACACCGUGCGGCUGAGACGCCAAGCAGCGGGAGCCAGGCCUGCCACCCCCUCUGGCUUUGAGGAUGGCAUGCCCUCCUCCCAGUACCCCUGGGCCAUCGUGUGGGGCCCCACAGUGUCAGAUGAGGAUGGAGGGGAUGCCAACUCAGCCAACCCGGGCUUCCCACCGCUGGGUUACACCUUUGUCUCACCACGCGGGAUGGCGACGGCGCAGCCCAACUCCCACUCGCUGCUGCACAAUGCGGGGCUCAACCUCCGUGAGACCCCGGCCACCCUGCGGCCCUUCCUGUUCGGGCCCCGGGGUGAAGGAGUGGACCCUCAGCUCUACGUCACGAUCACCAUCUCUAUCAUCAUUGUCCUGGUUGCCACUGGGAUCAUAUUCAAGUUCUGCUGGGACCGUAAUCAGAAGCGCCGGCGCCAUUCUGGGCAGCAGAGCGGCGGGAGGCAGCAGGACAGCCAGCAGCCCCUCACAGACCUGUCCCCCACCGCCAUCAGCAUCCUGGGGCCCUACAGUGACUCCCUAGCACCCACCCCCGAAGCGGAGGAACCCAGGCAGGGGCAGGAGGGUGUGGAGAAACUGGGGGGCCAUGGGAAAAGCACCGCCUUCCAGCUCAACCGAAUUCCACUGGUGAACCUGUGAUGCAGAUGGGAGAUGCAGAGCUGGCUCCCCCACCCUCCUGCCACAGCGGGGAGCCCACGCUUCUGCCACCUCUGCUACCCCAGGAACAAAACAAUCUCCUUGUGCCACGGCCCGCUGCCACAGUUGUUAACUAACUCCACCAGGACGUGCCUGGGCAAAUGGACGAGCUGGGCCUCGCUAGCAUCCUGCGGGGGAAGGUUGGGGACCUCCGUGCAGGAUGUGAUGCGGAGUGAGCGGGACGUGGGAGGGGAGGCAGCUGUUGGUUUUGUGAAGUCAUAGCCUGCCCUGCCUCUCUCCUCGCACACACACACACGCACUCUCUGACCUCUGUGACUCUCCCACCAGUGCAUGCCUGACAAAGGGGUAGGUGAGGUGGAAAGGCGUCCCCCUGUCCCCAUGGCCCCAAGCCCCUCUAUGUGUCCCUUCCUGUGUCGUGUGCUUUGAUGUGAACGUCUGGAGUUCAGUGGCUGCAGCGUCACCUCUGGGCUGGGGAUCAGGUGAUGGCAGGUCCUCCUGUUCCCAAGACCUUGGCCUUGCUGAGGGCCCCAAGGCGAAUCUUGGGAAUAAGAAGCUCACACAGCACCUGACCCUCUCAGCUAUCCAUUUCCUUGAAGGAAGCAUUACCCUACCUUUGAUAUUCACAUCUUCCCAUUUUCUUUCUGCCUAACACUCCUUUGUUUUCUGUCUUCAGCUUGUAUCUUUUCUCAUCUCUCAGUCCCCAGUGUUUCUAUUUUUUUCUCUCAGUUCCUCCUCCCCUCUUCUCUUGCCAGUUAAGGUUGGAAAAAGUUCCGUUAGUUUUCCAAAUGUUUAGAUCCUGUGGAAGUGUCCUUGCUGCCCCAUUCUGCUCCCUCAGUCUCCUUCAUCAAGGUUUUAUCUCUACUCUGUGGUGAUGUUCUUCAGAAAAUCAGAGGUGAAGCCUUCUGGGCAUUUAGCAAGGGUCCUGUCCAUUGAGAUACUGCUGAAGCAGCUAAAGUGUGACAAGCAAAUACGGCUGGGUAUGAGGAGUGUGAGCUUUGCUGGGCUGUGAGAGGGAAUUGCUUUCUGACACUCAUGCUGCAGGCAAUGAGCAGCGGAGAUUAUUCUACUUGGGAUGGAAAAGAGCACUUUAGAGAGCUUUGGUGGGUUGACAUGCGCUGCUGGGAGAUCUCUCUUGGAAUGCCUUGUGAUGGGAGACACCUGAGGCAAUGCUCACCAAGGGCAUGAGAGAGGGGUACCUAUGUGCAGCCAGACAUGGGAUGCCGACUUCCCUGAGUACACAUUGUUAGCAACAGUUGUUGCCCUCCCCUGGCUUUUGUGGACAUCUUCAGAUAAAUUCACAGACCCACACAGCAGCCACUGAAUGGCAGAAUGAUGCAGAUUUGGGUAAGGUUGCCCCAAGAGCGCACAAACACCUUCAGCUGCUGGACUGAUGUGUCCAGAGACAGGAACUCGGCCACCAUUUUAAGGCACCACACAAGGUCUCUGACAAAAAGUUAUCUAUUAUCUCCAAGAAUAGGAAAUGGCCUUUCCCCCUUUAUCUCUGUAGUAAAAGCAUAUUCUUGACAGGACAAAGCACAGGGAGUUUCCCACGGGGCCUGGUUCUGCCCAUUUACCCAGCUGAACGACAGGCGAUCUCAGGUCCCACCUGGCUCACUGUGAAGGACAUUUAAAUGAGAGGGUAACUUACAAUAAGCUUCAUGGAAAACAGUAGAGAUUUGAAGAAAAUGACAGGUCAAAUAAAAUUAUCGGCUUAUUAGAAGCACAGAAUGGCUGAAAGAUGUAGGUGGAAAAGGACUCAGGAGGUCUCUAAUCUAAGCACAGGCUAAGUCUCCGCUCUCAGCAGUGGAUAUUAUUCCUUCACUGUAAAUCAGUCUAUUACUGAGCUUUUUCUUUACUGAGGCCCCUCUAGAGGCUUUAGUGGACGUUUCAAGCUGUAGAUGGACAAACAAUGGAGCAAGUGGCUCUUCCUGCCUGCUGCCCCACUCCCACCACCCCUGAGGGCAGGUCGGGGCUGUUCCCCCUCAUGCUGACAUGACCAGAGCUGGAGAAGGACGUCUGCACAUAGCCUGCAUCAGUUAUUCCCGGCAGUUUACAAUAUAAUGCCUUCAACUUGUUUAAGUAAUCUUCCAGACCAGGCUAAUUAGAUUGCUCUUUGAUCAAUAGCGCUUGUUGAAACAAGGCCAGAGUUUAGACUCUACCACUUCAAGGGCUGUCCUUGGACUUUCCCUUUCCGCAGGCUGUGUUGGAGAGAAGACCUGUGGCAGGGCACUGCGGAAGGGGUAGUGAAAACCUUUUCCAACACUUGCUGCAGGAAAGCCCUGUGCUCUGCUGGCCACGCUUUGUAAACUCUGCAAACACAUCAGAUUUCAGUGUUUUGUUUUGUUUUCCUUUGAUGUGUCUCUGUUCCUGUUCAAAGUAUCUCCAAGGAAUGAAACCUUUCGUGGACAUUGUGGUAAGAUGGAAGCUGGGAAAUGCUGUAGAAAAAGCUCUUACAAUAACAGGAGCUUGGAAACGCUGAACAUCUUUUCCAACACUGACUUUUCAAGCCAAACAUGUUUUUAUCGUGGUCAUUCACUCACAUGAAACAGGUUAGAAAUGGGAAAAACCUUCACUGUCCUUCCAACGUUCAAAACAUUCAGAAUGUGUUUGGACACAUAGGCUUCGUCCAGUCAACAAAUAAUCUCACUGGACCUGUUUUACCCGUGACUGGAGCCUUACAAACCACCUUCCCCUGUGCAGAAUGAAGCCUGCCGUCUCACCUGUUCCCAGGUAACAUUCUGUGAGAUGCGCACACACACGGACCAGUUGACACCAUCAAGCGUAAGGCCAGAGCAGAGGCCAGCACCCUCUCAGUCACGAUCUGACAGGUUUCCCUGUCUUCUGGGUGACUGGAGAAAAAAGAUCUGGGUUGAUUUUUGUCCAGUGGAAAUUUCACAGAGAGAAACGUGUGUGGAGAAAACGACUGAAAAUAUUUGUUGAUACGGGCUGAGCCUGCCUGAUAUUUCUAGACAAUUAGAUGGAAACGCCUGGAUGGGCUGGGCAGCUGUGUCCCUGUGGAACACCUCAAGGGACAUGCUUUUGCUAACAAAAGGCCUUGUGGUCUUCCUUCUGGGAGAAGGAGGAAAGGCCCAGGGUGCAAUCCUUCCCCUCUGCCCUGUGUUGUAUUGGAGCAGGAAGCCAAGUCUCUCUCUUCACCCAGCAGAGUGAGGUGACCACUAGGCCAAAUCCUGCUUGAGCUUUCCCAUCUGGUUGGUGGUGACUGGUUGACAAGGGAACAGAGCUCAGCCAUGUGCUUCCACAGCUCUCCUACAGUGUGAUUUACAGCAACACUCCCAGCCCAGUGUCCCACAGCUUCAGAGAGGGCUAUCUACCUCUUCCUCUGUGGCACCGAAGUGCCCUUGUAAAUUUGGUCCUUCACACCCUUUCCUGCUAAGGAAAAAUGCUUGGAAAGGAGCUGUUUGCUCACCUCCCACACGUUCGCAAAUGAAAACACCACCAUCUUCAGAUUGGUCUGAGUAAAACUGUGGUUUUGGUUUUUUGCUCUGAAAAACCACGCCUAUGGCACAGCCUUAUAGUAAAGUCCUGCAGCACAAAAGCCCUGGGCCAAACUCCAGCUACCUGACCAUACCCCAGCUACGUCUCACUAUAUCCUAGCCCUAUCUUGGCAAGACAAUAGAGGGGGGCCCUUCUUUCACCAGCUGCCAGUUCUCUGUUCCUCCUUUACUGUUGUUUUCCCUCUCCCACUGUUUCCCCGUUCCUGUUCCUGUACCAGAGUCUCCCUCCAGGUUCUCGAUCCCCUCCUGCUGUUUUGCUCUCCCACUCUGCUCUCGUUCUCUCUCUGCCAUUUGGUCUCGUUCUGCUGCAGCUCCCACCCUCCCUUUGCUCUUCCUCCUGCUUCCCGCUCGGUCUCGCUCCCCCUCCUCUGCCCUUGUGCGCUGUGAUAUAUAUUUUUGUAGGAUUUCUCUUCUCCUUGUGGUGAAAUACUCAAUUCUUGUGGGAUGUUAGUUUCAACAUUUUUAAAUAAACCUUUGCAAAAUACCGCAAG